AUGAGCAUAUCUCCAUUGAAAUAUGAAUCCAAAAUAUUGAGCAACCUAGCUAAUAUGCUAAAAUUGAGCGAAAAGUCAGAUGAUGAAAUACUAAGUGAAAUAAAUCAAGGUAAUGAAAAUAAAGUUUUUGAAAUUGAUGAUGAUGUUAAACAAGUGGUUGAUUUGAAUAAAAUUAAUUGCACAUGUGAAGAAUCAAAGAAAAAAAUAGAAGAGUGUGAUAAAAAAAAAUUUGUAUAUAAUUAUAAUAUUGAAACAUAUGGAGUAGAUUUUUUUCUUGAUAUUUGUAAUGCUUUGUCAAGAUCUAAUUAUAAACCUUAUUUAAGUGAAGAAGGGAAAAAAGAAAUAAUGAAUGGAUUAAGAGUAAGAAGAAAUUCAAAUUUAUAUAAAUAUGUUUCUUUUUUUUUAAGUAAAGAACGAAUGAAUAAAGAAAGAAUGGAUGACGGAAAAAAGGUAGAAAAUAUUUAUCAUUGUUUUAAAUGUUUAAAAAGUGUAUUACAUAUAUGUAUUGAUGAUGAAGAUAGUAAUAAUAAUAAUAAUAAUAAGAUGAAAACUGCAAUGUAUUUAAAAAAUAAUAAUAGUAUAACUGAACAAAUCGAAAAUAAAAUUGAGAAUGAUAUAUUAAAUGAACAAAAUAGUAGUCUUGAAAAGGUAAAUCAUAGAAAAGGAGUUAUAUCUGUUUCAAAAUAUAAAUCAGAAUUAACUUCUAUUACUAGAAUGUCUAAUGAAAUAAUAAUGCAAACUAUAUUAGAACAUACCAAGGAUAUGGGUAUAAAAAAGGGUACAACCAAAAAUAUACAAUCAAGAAAUGAUAAUAAAAAUGAUCAUGGUGAUGAUGAUGAUCAUAGAAGCAAUAACAUCAAUAGUAACAUGAAGAACAAUCGUAAUAAUAAUAAUAAUAAUAACAAUAAUAAUAAUAUUAUAAAAAAAAGCAAAACUUAUGAAAGCGUCAAAGUAAGAAAUAAUUAUUAUUAUAAUGAUGAUCAUGAUUAUGAUAAUCAUAUUGAUCGAACUGAAAAUGUUAUAGAUAAUAAUAAUACCGAACCCACAAAAAGAAAUAUUCCGAAAAGAACAGUUGUACAGAAAAAAUCCUAUGUACAGCGAAAAACAAACAUAACAAAUAAAAAGAGAAUUUCUCAAAAUAAACCGGUAACAAGGAAUUCAUAUAAAAAAAAUGAUAGAAUAAAUACUACAUGUGAUAUAAGAGCAAGCAAAAUUAAGGAUACUUUAUAUGAAAAGAAAAAGAAGAAGGUCAGAAGGAGUUUUGAAGUAAAUGCGAAUCGAAGAAAAAGGGGUACAGGGCAAAAGGGCGUGUUUUCUGAUGAAGAAGGAAUGAAAAUGGAUAACGAUAAUAAAAUUGAUGGUAAAAUAUCAGACAAUAAUAAAAUUGAUGGUAAUAUAUUAGACAAUAACAAAAUUGAUGGUAAUAUAUUAGACAAUAACAAAAUUGAUGGUAAUAUAUUAGACAAUAACAAAAUUGAUGGUAAUAUAUUAGACAAUAACAAAAUUGAUGGUAAUAUAUUAGACAAUAACAAAAUUGAUGGUAAUAUAUUAGACAAUAACAAAAUUGAUGGUAAUACACCAAACAAUAACAAAAUGGAUGGUAACACAUCAAACCAUAACAAAAUGGAUGGUAACACUUUGAAAGAUAAUAUAACUAAUAACAUAUUGGAUGACGAUGCUGUACCAAAGGAGGUAGAUAAUAAUUGUGAAAAUGAUAAAAAUGUACAUAAUAAAGAAAGCUGUAGAAAUGAUAUAUAUUCAUCCAUACAGAUAAGUAAUACGUAUAAUAAUAGAAUGAUCAAUUCUACAUUUGUAGAGGAAGAAAAUAAUAUUACAAAUGAAGAAAAUAUAAUAAGUAAUAUUAUGGACGAUACAAAUAUAUAUCCAUAUAAUUUAUCCAAUGUGAAUAAUAUGGAAGAUCCUAAUUUGAGUAAUAACCCAGAAAAAGAAUAUAUUAAAGAAAACCAUUUGUGUGAUUUACCAAAUGAUAUUAUAACUUCUAAUGGUGAAGAUAUAAAAAAUAAGGAGAUUUAUAAAAUGGAUUACCCCAAUAAAGCUUUACUAUCAAAUAAUACAAAUGAAAAAGAUUAUGAUUAUAACGAAAGUGAUAACGCAUCUUAUUCUACAGAUGAUUCUAAAUAUGUAAAAUAUUUAAAGAAGAAAAAGAAAUUACAAGAACAAGGUAAAAUUAUUAUAGAUCUAAAUUUAUUUCAUGGAAAUUCUGUGAAAACGACAAAUAAACGUGAUAAAGAAGAAAAGUUACAAGAAAAAUUAAGAAUGAAACAAAUAAAGAAGCUUUUAGAUGAAAAACAAAUGGUUAUAUGUAAAAUUGAAGAUAUAGCUAAAAAGAGAAAUAAAAAAUAUGUAAAAGCACAAGUAUUAUCUAAAGAUUCUAAAAUUGAACGAGCCUAUUUUAGUCAUAAAAUGAAAAAAUUUUAUAAUUCCAAAUCUAGCUAUUUUGGUUGUGGAUGGUCAAGUAACAAAAAGGAAUGGACUCCAUUUAUUCAUGCACCUUUCUUUGAAAACCAACAUAACGCAAUUUAUAAAAAUAGAAAUAAAAAAUUGUAUGAAGAAAUAUAUGAUACAUUAUUACAUGGAAGAAUACAUCCUGACAUUAAAGUCGUUGAAUUAAAAGAUCAUAAACAUCCUAUUAGGUUGUGUACUCCGUAUAAUGAAGAUUGUUAUUCUGUUGUAUAUACAGGUAAAAAAAUAAAUGCAACUGAUGAUAGAGUUAUAUUUGGUGAGUACACAGGAUAUGUAGCUAAUAAUAAAGAAUUGUCACAAGAAAAACAUCAAUAUAUGUUUGCUUUAACAUUCAAUAAGAAAGUAUUUAAUGAUAGGAAACAUGUCGUUUUUAUUAAUGAAGUUGAGUUGGAUGAAGAGCAAAAUUAUUCUAGUCAUGUUGAAUCAAAUGUGAUGAAUAAAGUUAAGAUUCAUGAAAAAAAUAAUAUAAAUAAUACAAACAUUUAUAAUAGUCCUCACAUUUUGAAUGGUAACAAUAAUAUAAAUAGUAAUACUACAGAGGAGACUAUGUCAAAUAGAAAGAUUGAUAAGAUUAAGCCCGUUUCGAAUGUAAUUAUCCCAGAUUAUAAUAACAUUAAUAGUUAUAUUAAUAAGUGUAAAACAAAUGAACAUAAUAAAAAGUCAAGAGAUAUAAAUAAUUUAAUAAUACUUCCUGAUAAUUAUACAUAUGCUGUAGAUUCAUCUUAUAUGUUUAAUGAAAUGUCUCUAGUAAAUCAUUAUAAAACAUGUAGUGUAUUUAACAACUUUGAUUUCAGAAUAAAUUCUGAAUGGCAAUUAGUAUACUUGGAUGGAUGGCCACAUAUUAUUCUAACAUCAAUUCCAGGUGUUGAAAUUAAUCCAGGUGAGGAACUUUUUGCUGAUUUUGGUUUUGAAUGGUUUGAAAAAGUUAAUGAUAUAUGUUUAAAUGAAUUUAUUAAAAAUAACUAUUUUUAUAGAUUAUACAAAUUAAAUACAUCUAGAGAAAUUCUUUUCAAUGGAAUGGAUGAUAUUGUGGAAAAAUAUAAUUUAUUAAAAAAUCAUAUUACUUGUAAUAUAUGUAUGCAUAAUGUUAAUACUGAUGGUAAUAAUUUCAUUUUAUGUUCAGGAUGUAAUCAUGUUUAUCAUUUAAAGUGUGUACAUAAAUUUAACACCGAAGUUAAUGAAAAUUAUGAAUGGUUCUGUUCCAGUUGUCUUCAAUUUUGUUUUAAUAUUAUAAAACAAAAGGAGUUUGUAGAUUAUAUAGAAAAGGAAAACCAAAAACGGUUCAUUCAGCUUUUAGGUGAUUUAAAUGGGGAUAAUUUAGAUUCUGUGAAUAAUCAAAAGAAAUCUGAUGCUGUGGAUAAUUUAAAUAAUUAUAAUUGUGUGGGUAAUAUAAAUAAUUCUAAUAGUAUUGAUAAUAUUAUAGAUAAUAGGGAUAGUCUAGAUAACCCUAAUAACUCAAAUAUUUCAUAUGAUGCUAAUAAUUCAAACAUUUCUUAUGGAGCUAAUAAUUCAAACAUUUCAUAUGAUGCUAAUACUUCAAACAUUUCUUAUGGAGCUAAUAAUUCAAACAUUUCUUAUGGAGCUAAUAAUUCAAACAUUUCUCAUAGCGCUAAUAAUUCAAACAUUUCUUAUAGUGCUAAUAACUCUAAAAGCGAAGAUAAAACUAAUAAUUGUGACAGCGAAGAUAAAACUAAUAAUUGUGACAGCGAAGAUAAAACUAAUAAUUGUGACAGCGAAGAUAAAACUAAUAAUUGUAACAUCGAAGAUAAAACUAAUAAUUGUAACAUCGAAGAUAAAACUAAUAAUUGUAACAUCGAAGAUAAAACUAAUAAUUGUAACAAUUUAGAUAACGAAGAUGACAUAAACGAUAUGAACAAAAUAAACAAAUCAAACCAAAUUAUAAUUAAAGAUGUCAAUGAUAAUAAUUUAUUUCCUGUUGAAAAUAAUGAUAAGCAGAAAUAUUUGGAAGUUUUAGAAAAUAUAAGAAAACUUCUACAGUGUAAAGAAAAUAUCGAUGAUUUAUUUAAAAAUAAAGAAUAUGUAAAUAGCUUUUUGGAAAAAAUAGAUGAUGAAAUGAAUAUGUUUGAAAAUAAAAGAAGUGAAGAUGAAUCUGUUAAACUUGAUGAUUUAAAACAUAUUUUUGAAAAUAGUUUUGAACUUCAUUUAUUAAUAGAUUAUAAGAAAAAAUUAGAAGAUUUAUUGGAAAGUACAGAAAAGGUGGAUUCAUUUUUGAAUGAUAGGAAUGUUUUGAAUACUAUGAAAAUAAGGAAAAGAACAUUAUCUUUUUUAAUGGAAAACAAAAAGUAUAUAGAUAAUUUUAUACAAAUGAAUGAAGAAAAACAUUACUCAAAAAUUAAUGAGUGUGAAAAGAAAAAAGAAGAAGAUAUUAUUCAUAAUACAACAUGUAGAAAAGUAGAAAAACUAGAAGAUAGAAUUAUUCAAAAUAGCCAUAAUAAUCAAUUAACAAAUCCUGAAUAUUGUAGUACAUUAAAAGGAGAAGAAGAUAAAUCCGUAAGUUUGAUAGAUAAUAAAUCAGUGUGUGAAAGGGUAGAUAAUCAUAGUAUUUGUAAUGAAGUAAAUUCAAGUAUAUCAAGUACGUACGAAAAAACAUUGUACAAUAAAUCUAAUAAUAUAAUUAGAAAUUUAAAGGAAAUGAAAAAGUAUGAAAGAGAAUGCCAAAAUAAUAACAAUUAUAGUAAUAUGUAUUGUAGCUAUAUGAUGAAAUUAAGUAAGAAAAUAUUAGGAUUUCCUUUAAUAAAAGACUUUUCUAAAGGCUUAAGUACACUUGAACCAUCUUUACCUUUAAAUGAUCAUUUAAAAAAAUUGUCGGUUUGUUCAAAUUGUUAUAGUAAACAUCAUGAUUUAGCAAAAGCAAUUAUUUGUAGAGUGACAAAAAUGCAUUUUGAAGCUAAUUAUAAUGAUUACUUAACUGAUGAAGAUUUAUUUAAAACAUCCAGUGAAUUUAUCCAAUCAGUCAUAAGAGAAUUAGCUAAUACUGUAAAAGAGUACAGGAAAAAGGAAUUGAACAGGGUAUAUUUGCAACAUGCAACAGAAAAUGAUAAUAUGAUACUAGAUAGAGUUAAUAAGGAUAUGAGUUUGGAAUUAAAUUAUAAUAAUGUUACACCAACUAGAACUAGUAUUCACAAUUGUAGUUGUACAAAAACGAAUAAGGAAUAUAAUGAAUCCUUUUAUAAAAUUGUGAGUCCUUCAUUUAAUAAUGACACUGUUGAAAAGAGUAAUAUUAUCAUACAAGAAAAUAACCAUAUUCGAAAUAAUGAAAUUUUACAAUUAGGUGAAGAAGAGGUGGGAAAUUACGAAUGUCAGAAUAAAGAAGUUAUUGGUUGUGUUACAAAAGAACAUACAAAUGAAAGGAUAAACGAUCAACCUAGUGAGGAAAAAUGUCAUGAUGAUUUCUAUUCAAAGGAUAUGCAUAUAUUAUAUAAAAAUACCUUUUUACCAAGAGAAGAAAUAGAUAACUGUAGUAUAGAAAAAAUUAAUGAUGUUGAAGAGAAAGAAAUGAAACACCAACAUGAAGAAAAUGACAUAUUAAAGGAUGUAAUAAAUGAUACAUUAAAUGAUAUGUCAAAUGGUAUGUCAAAUGGUAUAUCAAAUGAUGUUCCAAAUGAUGUUCCAAAUGAUGUGCCAAAUGAUGUUCCAAAUGAUGUACCAAAUGAUGUGCCAAAUGAUGUGCCAUAUGAUGUGCCAUAUGAUGUGCCAAAUGAUGUGCCAAAUGAUGUUCCUAAUGAUGUGCCAAAUGAUGUUCCUAAUGAUGUUCCAAAUGAUGUUCCUAAUGAUACAUCGAUCACUAAUUUGUGUGAAAAAAAAAAUGAUUUGAACAGCUAUGAGAAAUCUUGUAAAUUAAAUAAUUUUAUUCCCCUUAUAGGAGUAGAAUUAGGAAAAACGAAAUUCCAAAGAGAAUUUACAAAUGGUACUUUUGUUGGUACAGUUACAGAACAAAUAAAGGACGAAAAUAAUAAUAAUUUUUUUGUUGUAACUUAUGAAGAUGGAGAUGUUGAAUGGAUAACUCCAUCCUUUUUAUUUCAAGAAAUUCUAAAACAAUCUACAAAUAAUACUACAUAUCCUUUAGCUAGUACUUUUAAAGAUAUAUUUUAUGAAGAUUUUAAAAAGGAUAUAAAACUAAACAACCAUUCUUAUGAAUUAAAAAUUGAAAAGAAAAAGAGAAAAAGUAUGUUUGAAUAUGUUCCUAAUAAUAAUGUAACCAAAAGACAAAGGCAUGCAUUCGAAGAAAAUGUAUUAAAAAAAAAAAAUACCCAUCAGGAAGUUAAUACAUCACGAAGAAGUUUGAGUAAAUUGAAAAAUGUAGUAUUUAAUGAUUCACUUAGAAAAACAAGAAAAAGAACUAUGUCUACAAGUUGA